AUGAAGGCCGCGACCGCCGAGGAGGUGCUGGAGGCGAUCCAGCAGGUCGUUGGCCCGGACUUCGUCUUGUUGAGCACGACCUUCUUUGCCAAGUAUCCCUUGCAGACCGAGGGCGCGAACCAGCCCAAGUGCCUCACAGUCAUCGGAACUCACCAAGACCGGCAGUAUUGGGGCUUGGAGCCGGCUUCGGCGCCGGUGGCGAGCGUUUGGAUCGCGAUUGACAACGCCACGAGGGAGAAUGGCGCCAUGCAGAUGUACCCCACCACCCACAAGACUCCGCUGCCUCACGUGAAGCACUAUGACAACUGCUCGGCGCUCUUCGACGCCCAGAGCAUCCCUCCGGAAGAUCUGCCCGCGGAGUCGGAGUUUCUCGAGCUCGUUCCCGGCCAGUACGCCAUCUUCGAUAGCCGCACGGCCCAUCGGUCGGGCCGCAACUCAAGUCCGAGUCGGCGAAUAGGUCUUACGAUGAUCUAUGCUUCGGCCGACAUUGUCCUCAAGGAGAUGGAUUAUCAGAACUACGUGGAAUGGCGGGUGCCCAUGCCGAUCAGAUGUGCCGGAAAGUCUUGCGAAGAGCCAUCGGGUGCUGAGCUGUGA